AUGCUGUCGACAGCAAAAAAUGUGGGACCAGUACCUAAAAAAUUCCCCUCGGUAGUGAGCCGACGGAACAAGAACUACAAGGAUAUGCUAAACGAGACGCGCGGCGCAAGAAGAUGCAAAUGUAAUAGACAAAGAAAAGUAGAAUUUGCACCAGCUCAAUUCGACGACAAAGAUGUGUGGAACUACGACACUGUUUCUGUUUGUUUUCGUUUGGUGUUCGAGUUCUGUUUCUUUUCUGCCUCAGAUAGUGUGGUCUGCGACGGUCGAGGACACCGGCGCGUAGACUUGUGCAUUCCAUAUGCAUAUAAAGAACCUUAUUUCUGUGCGAGGUUCAUCUUAUGCACUUGCAGAGACGACGCUUGGCGCUCGCCACUAAAUGCCGGCUGCACAAUCUGAAAAUAUUAAACAUUGUGUGCCGUCCUGCCGUUCUGUGCUGACAAUAAUUCCACGUCUUUUUUUCUUCUUUCACCCACUGGGCCAACGCGGCGAGUAGAA